AUGCGACGGAGGCUUUCAGAUACAGAUGAUGAUAGGGAGCGUUCUGAUAUUCUAGAGCAAUGCCUGGAUUUGGAAGAGGAACUUGGCCAUCCGCUAGCUGCUUCAGAGCGUGUGGAUGAGUCGAACGAAGUAAAAGCUAGACUCGUCGACAUGCUACCAACAAGCGGUGGAGCCGCUCUUACUCCGGAGGGCUGGCUCGAUGAUCCUCUAGCAAACAUCUAUCAACAAACUUCCCAGCAGGUGGCAGUGGGCACUGUAUGGAGAAAUCCAGUGGUGGAAGCAGCUUCGACAGCUCCCAUCGAUGCAGGUUCUGUGGGAACGCCCAGUGAAGGUGCAGUGAAGGGGUCUGCGUCUGCUCCGGCUGUGAAGGCAGCAAGGCGUGGAGGCGCAGGAAAAGGUGGGGCACCAGGCAUUCGUCAGCAUCCUUUUGUUCGGCUGCCAGCGGUGAAUCCGGAGGACAUCCACAGAAGCUUCCGGGGAUCAUUCUUGCCUCGGCGUACACUGGCAGCCAGUUAUCUCACCCGCUGUGGAGGUUGUGGGUGCAGGACGAUGAGGACUUCUCUGGUUCUGCUGAUGAAGUCGAAAGUUCUGCUCUCUCUAAUGCGAACGAUCGGCAAGAAUCAAAUGAACCAUGA